UUAUAAGUAAUUUUUUUUAGGAAGCAAUGAUGAGCAUAUGAGUCAAGAUUCUGAUAAUUCUUCAGAAAAAAGUCAACACGUUACGGAUAUCACUGAUGAUGAAGAAGAAGAUGAAGUCAUUAAAGCUAUUAAGGCAGAAAAAAAUAAACCGAGAGACCAUCCGCCUUCCAUCACUGUUGAAGAUUUUGUCGUUGAUAUUUCUUUCAGCCCCAUAAAAAACAUAAUUGCAUUAGCUAAUAUUGUUGGAGAUGUUCUUUUAUAUGAAUAUGAUACUGAAUCAACAAAAUUAAUAGAGACCCAUGAGUUACAUUUAAAAGCAUGCCGAGCUGUUGAAUUUGAUGAUAAUGGACAGAUUAUGUAUACCACAUCAAAAGAUAAAACUAUCAUGGCAACUGACGUUGAAACUGGAAAAUUAAGGAAAUGUUAUGAAAAUGCACAUGAUGAUCCAGUGUACUCACUUUUAUGUUUAAAUAAUGAAAAAAUUGUAACUGGCGAUGACGGAGGUACUGUAAAAUUAUGGGAUAUGAGAAAGCCUGAACCUGUUUUUAGUAUAAAAGUUGGCGAUGACUAUGUAUCUGACCUCGUGACAAACGAAGCACAAAAGUAUUUAGUGUGUUCCGGAGGCGACGGUGUUCUAACUACAAUUGACAUGAGAGCCAGUAAAAUCUAUGUUACAUCCGAAGAUUAUGAUUCUGAACUGACAUGUAUGGGCUUAUUUCGAUCAGAAACUAAGUUACUUGUGGGAUCUUCAACAGGAAAAUUUUAUUUAUUCAAUUGGAAAGAGUUUGGAUUACAUAGUGACGAAUUCAUUGGUCAGAAGCAUGCAAUUCAGUGCAUGUUACCUAUCACUCAAAAUAUUGUCGUCACCUCUGGUGAAGAUGGAAUUCUUAGGGCUGCACAUAUGUUUCCACAACGUCAGCUUGGAAUUGUCGGUCAACAUAAAAUGCCCGUUGAAGUUCUUGAUAUAAGUCACGAUGGUCAAUAUAUCGCUUCUUGCUCACAUGAUAAUGAUGUAAAAUUUUGGAAUAUAUCCUAUUUUGAAUCGAUCGAGUCUGUUAUAGACGUUAAUCAUAAACAGAAUAAGAAAAAGGACUUGAUUAAUAAUUUACCUUCCAGUACUAUAAAAAAUGCCACGGAUUUCUUUUCAGGAUUAGUGUAAUUUUUACAUCUUAUUAAUAAAUAGCUUAAAAUAUUGAAAGUUUUUUAUUUUAAUAUACACACAUAGACAAUAGCUUAAUACACUUAGCCUAGAAUGCACU